AUGUCUGCGCCUGCGUCUGUGUCUGCAGCAGCACUGGCGUCGGGCAUUCGGAGCGCCGGUGGCCUGCGGUUCCGGCUCGACCCGUUUGCCUUUCGCCAGUUUGACAACGCCGAGUACUCGGGGACGCGGCUGACCGGGGUGGACAAGGAGGCCUUUGUGGCGGCGGUCAUCGACCAUUUUGCUGCAGAGCCUGUGCUUGUUGAUGGCUAUGCCGAGUUCUGCAAGCACAUCUUUAUGCCCAACUUUACCUCGGCCACCGUCGACGCCAUCACCGUGCCCAAGGCCGACUUUCUUGACAUCAUCCUCUAUUCCUCGGCCCAGAUCGCCAAGGAGCACGAGGCCAUGCCAUCCGGUGACCCGCCUCCGCCGGCAGACUCGUACGACUGGGGCAUCAUCUCCAUCAAGGGCCAGGCUGUGAACUACGAGAUCCCCAUGAACCCCAUCACCAUGAUGCGCAAUGCGCUCGGUACAGAGUCGGGCGGCUCGGGCGCGCAUGCCUCAUUCCGCUAG